GAAGGGUUCACCGAAAGUUCACUCGCAUAUAUUAGGCAAUUCAAUCUUUCAUUCUGUGUGACAGAAGUAGUAGGAAGUGAGCUGUUCAGAGGCAGGAGGGUCUAUUCUUUGCCAAAGGGGGGACCGGAGUCCCCGCGCGAGCCGCCUGAGGACGGGGAUGCCGAGGACGCGCGCGAGCCGGGCAGGGCUGGUCUGGGCACCGUCCGGGUAGGAUCCGCACCGCAUUCCGAAGGCUUUUUGCAGGCGUCUGCCUAGAAGGAGAACUUGGGCUCUUUCUGGGAACCCCCCGCCCUGGCUGGAUUGGCCGAGCAAGCCUGGAAAAUGGUAAAUGAUCAUUUGGAUCAAUUACAGGCUUUUAGCUGGCUUGUCUGUCAUAAUUCAUGAUUCGAGGCUGGGAAAAAGACCAACAGCCUACGUGCCAAAAAGGGGGCAGAGUUUGAUGGAGUUGGGUGGACUUUUCUAUGCCAUUUGCCUCCACACCUAGAGGAUAAGCACUUUUGCAGACAUUCGGUGCAGGGGAGAUCAUGUUUGACUGUAUGGAUGUCCUGUCAGUGAGUCCUGGGCAAAUCCUGGAUUUCUACACUGCGAGCCCGUCUUCCUGCAUGCUCCAGGAGAAAGCUCUCAAAGCAUGCUUCAGUGGAUUGACCCAAACCGAAUGGCAGCAUCGGCACACUGCGCAAUCGAUUGAAACACAGAGCACCAGCUCCGAGGAACUGGUCCCGAGCCCUCCGUCUCCACUUCCUCCCCCUCGGGUGUACAAGCCCUGCUUCGUCUGCCAGGACAAGUCAUCGGGGUACCACUACGGGGUCAGCGCCUGCGAGGGGUGUAAGGGGUUUUUCCGCAGAAGUAUUCAGAAGAACAUGAUUUACACUUGUCACCGAGAUAAGAACUGUGUUAUUAAUAAAGUCACCAGGAAUCGAUGCCAGUACUGUCGACUCCAGAAGUGCUUUGAAGUGGGAAUGUCCAAAGAAUCGGUCAGGAAUGACAGAAACAAGAAAAAGAAGGAGCCUUCGAAGCAGGAAUGCACGGAGAGCUACGAAAUGACGGCCGAGCUGGACGAUCUCACGGAGAAGAUCCGGAAAGCCCACCAGGAAACCUUCCCCUCGCUCUGCCAGCUGGGCAAGUACACCACGAAUUCCAGUGCCGACCAUCGAGUUCGACUGGAUCUGGGCCUCUGGGACAAAUUCAGUGAACUGGCUACCAAGUGCAUUAUUAAGAUCGUGGAGUUUGCUAAACGUCUGCCAGGCUUCACUGGCUUGACCAUCGCAGACCAAAUCACCCUGUUGAAGGCGGCCUGUUUGGACAUCCUGAUUCUGAGAAUCUGCACCAGGUAUACCCCAGAGCAAGACACCAUGACGUUUUCGGACGGCCUGACCCUGAAUCGAACCCAGAUGCACAACGCCGGGUUCGGCCCCCUGACCGACCUCGUGUUCACCUUUGCCGGCCAGCUUCUGCCUCUGGAGAUGGACGACACGGAGACAGGCCUUCUCAGCGCCAUCUGCUUGAUCUGUGGAGACCGUCAGGACCUUGAGGAACCAACAAAAGUAGAUAAGCUACAAGAACCAUUGCUGGAAGCACUAAAAAUUUAUAUCAGAAAGAGACGACCCAGCAAGCCUCACAUGUUUCCAAAGAUCCUCAUGAAAAUCACAGAUCUCCGCAGCAUCAGUGCUAAAGGUGCAGAACGUGUAAUUACCUUGAAAAUGGAAAUUCCUGGCUCGAUGCCCCCUCUCAUUCAGGAAAUGCUGGAGAAUUCUGAAGGACAUGAACCCUUGACCCCAAGCUCGAGUGGGAACACAGCAGAGCACAGUCCCAGCACCUCGCCCAGUUCCGUGGAGAACAGCGGUGUCAGUCAGUCACCACUGCUGCAAUAAGACACUUUCUAGCCACUUCCAACAUUCCCCAGUACCUUCACUCCUGGGAUUUAAAAUGCAAGGAAAAAAACAUUUUUACUGCUGCUUAGUUUUUGGACUGAAAAUAUAUUCAAACUCAAGAAGGACCAAGAAGUUUUCAUAUGUAUCAGUAUAUACCCCUCACUGUCUUACCUAGAAGUACAAACUUUUUAAAUUCUAAAAAUCAAUCAGCCAUUUCAUGCAACCGAAAACCAGUUAAAAGCUUCUAUUCUCCUCUGUGAACACUCAAGAUUGCAUGGCAAAGACCCAGUCAAAAUGACUUACCCCUGGUUAAGUUUCUGAAGACUCUGUACAUACAGAAGUAUGGCUGUUCUCUCUCUCCUAUACGUUUGGUGCUUUCCUUUUGUCUUGCAUACUCCAAAUAACCAAGACACCAAGGUUAUGAAACAGAUUACUGUACAUGUCCAGUUAAGAAAGGGUCAAAAAGAUAAUUCUCUUGCCUUCGCAGAUCAAGACGUCAAGGUAAGGAAGUGGGACUGUCGUACAGUGUGGCAAGAUAAGGCUAAAGGUGUUCUACUUUAGUUAGUGUAGAAGCUUGUCCUUGCUCUCUGGAUGCUCUCAGACCGCAUCUUUUCUUUCAUGUUGCCCAGUGAAGUAUACGACAAAUUCGCUGCACUAGCAGAAGAGAAUUCUGUAUCAGUGUAACUGCCAGUUCAGGUAUCAAAUGUCAUUUGUUCAAUUGUGGAUGUCACUUUAAAUUAAAAGUGGUUUAUUACUUGUUUAAUGACAUAACUACACAAUUUUUUUUUAAAAGAUACAUUUUUACAGUAAUGAUAGCCUCCAAGGCAAACACUUUUCAGUGUUAAUAUAAGUUUUUGUUUACCUAUUCACAAGCCAUUAGGGAGGUUUCAUGGGAUAAUGACGGGCUGGUCUCUCACCUGCACCGUGUAACUAACUCUGUAUCCUUCCUGAUUCCCGCUUGAUACUGGGGGCCUUUGCGUUGCCUCCCCAAAGUCACCGGUAGAGAAUCUGCGUCCUCUGGCCUGGUUCAGUCACUACGAACAGAGUGGAGGCUGGGGUGGAGUGGGGGUGGAGUGGUUAACAGACCCAAGUAUCUGUCUGUCAGUUUCUUAGUUCUCAUUUAAGCACUAGUGGAAAAUUUUUUUUUUUUUGAUAUAUUAGCAAGUCUGUGAUGUACUUUCACUGGCUCUGUUUGUACAUUGAAAUUGUUUAACGAUGCUUCUUUCUAUGUUCAUAUACUGUUUACCUUUUUCCAUGGAGUCUCCUGGCAAAGAAUAAAAUAUAUUUAUUUUAAA